AUGCGAGCACCCAGGAUGACUUGUCAGGAGCGACGCAGCAUAGAGGCCAUGGCCCGAGACCUACAUGAUGCUCGUAGUAGGAUUGCUUAUCUUCAUCACAGCAUUGCCGACAUGUCAGACGUGGUGGAUGCGGUGUGUGGUUAUGCAUACUCCACCGAGAGGACUGCAAUCAGAGCUAUGAUCACUAGCGCUAUCGCUGGAGGGCUAGCAUUGAUUCUGGCAGUGGCACUUAUUUGGGUGAUUGUGUUUUGGGGUUGA